GCGAUGACCUCUAUUGCUGAUACCUUCCUGGACCCAUCUAAGUCGGCCUUUCUAGACUACAGCCAUGGACCAACAUCCUCUCCUCAACCACAACUUUCUCCAGUCUUGGCACAUGGACAUUACCAAUCAUUGCAUGGUUUUCACUCAACUGGACAUGAGGGCAUCUUCUCUCCAGGGGUAUCAGCCUAUGGAGGAAGGUCAUUCCCAUACCCAUACCCAACAUCUCCUGCAUCCAAUCCUCAUGGGCAUCAUAACGGGAGCCCUUAUCUCAGCUAUCAGCACUACAGCGGAACUGUUAGUCAUGGUGGGAGACUUCAUGAAGAUCCAGAGCUGGAGAAAUCAACGGUCAUAGAAAAUGGAGAAAUCCGGAUUAAUGGAAAGGGGAAGAAAAUUAGAAAACCUCGCACAAUAUAUUCCAGUUUACAACUACAGGCAUUAAACCAGAGGUUCCAGCAAACUCAGUAUUUGGCACUACCAGAGAGGGCAGAGCUGGCUGCACAGCUGGGUCUAACACAGACACAGGUGAAAAUAUGGUUUCAGAAUAAGAGGUCCAAGUACAAGAAGAUUAUAAAACACGGUCCAAGUAUUCAGGAUGGGGACCAAGCUCUCACCUCAUCUUCACUCUCUCCUUCGUCUCCCAAUGUUCCCCCCAGUUGGGAAUUUUCUUCAACUACAAAGACCCCGCCAAUGGCUUCUAAUUACUUGAAUAAUUAUAACCCUUGGUAUCAGGCUCAAGAUUCUUUUUCAAGACCCCCAAUGAUGUGAUGGGACCUAAAGCAGCUUAUUUAUAUGGCCAGCUCAGAUGGUAUCAUCCAAUAUGGGUGUCAUAGGAAGAAAAGAGACAAUGAGUUCCCCUUGAAAUACUCUCUUCCAUAUCAAAAACAAAAUGACGUGGACCCAUCUAGUGUCUGGAGAAGGUGAUAAAUUUCUUAACACAUCUAAAGGAGGACAAGUAAAUGGAUCAAUGUUAUUUUAACA